AUGAAAUUUUUAUCAGAAGAGGUCGAGGGAUCAAUUACUGCAAGUAAUAUUAAAGGUUCACUUGCUCCAGACUAUCCUAUUAAAUCCUCCUUAGAAAAUUUUAACGUGAAUUCUAAAUCAGUUACCAAAAGUAAAAUAAUGUCACCCUUUUGUCCUUUCUGUGAAACUGUCGGACAUUGGCCUCAACAGUGCAAUGUUGUAACGGACAUAGACGUGCGCAUACAGAAAUUGAAGACUAGUAAUAGAUGUUUUUUGUGCACUAACCGAGGACAUACCAAAAAAAAUUGCCCCCGAAGAGAAAAAUUUCGCUGUGCCAAAUGCAAGAGAAAACACCAUACAUCAAUAUGCAAACCUCUAACCAAUGAGCAGCCUGUGGCUACAUCUACAAACAAAAUUGAUGUAUCGCCUUCCAAUUUCGUUCAUUUGCAAACUGCACGAGUUUUCAUAACUGGGCCCACUGGCAUUACAAAACUGACACGUUGUCUAUUGGAUGGUGGAAGUCAAUCUAGUUUCGUUUCUUCUAAUCUUGUGGAUACUUUAAAACUUCCAGUAAUUUCAACCAGACAUUUGGACAUUCAAGCCUUCGAAUCCCCAGCUAAUGUUGGCUACAUGCGAAGACAAGUCAAAUUUCAGUUAUCAAGUAUCUGGGACAAAUCUAAAGUUAAUGUUACUGCAUUUGAAAGCUCCAACAAAUAUGCAUCACACCUACCUUCAUCAACGGAUGUUUCACUCUUUGCUAAAAACAAGCGAAUGAAACUUGCUGAUCCAGAUGAUUCAUUGUCGAACUUACCAAUUGAGAUUUUAAUCGGUGCAGAUUACUACUGGAUUGUUAUGAAUUCUGAAGCUCCAGUCAGGUUGUCGGAUUCUCUGGCCUUGGUCCCAUCAAGUUUUGGUUGGGUACUUAGUGGAACUCGAUCACACGCAACAGUUUCCUUCAUUUCAACGGUUCAUAAUGUUGAUGUGGAUACUUCAACUCAGGAAUUAGAUAAUGUGGUACGAAAUUUCUGGAACUUAGAGAGCAUUGGCAUACAACCAACACAAGAAAAAAUAAGUCCUCACAACUCUGAACUCUUAACGAACUUUCAUCAAUCUUUUGAAAUCAUCGAUGGUAGAAGAGUUGUAAAAUUGCCUUGGAAACCAGAAGUUCAACUUUCGUCGAACAAUUAUGAAGUCGCAAUUCAACGAUUUAAAUCUUUAACAAGAAAACGUCUCGUUUAA